UGGCAGGAGAGGCAGAAAAUGACCCUAGAGGCUAGUGCUGACUUGGGCACCUCCUUCCUCCGCUGUCCACCCAGCACACCCAGGCUCCUGCAGAAUUCCAACGUCAGACGUGAAGUGGGGCGCGGAAGCCGGGCUCCUCCUCGGAUGCACCCACCUUCCCCACCUCCACGCCAGCCUGAUCACAGCUCAGACCCGGGCUUCCAGGAGCGAGCCACCCCCUCCCCCAUCCAUCCCCCAGAUCUCCCAACACCGUGUCGGUCCGCGAACUCACGGACCCAACCGGGGGGUCGACCCGGCCGCACCACCUUCAUCCAACGACGCCCCGCCCCGCCUCUCCCCUCCCCCUUCUCGCUCGAUCGCCCCCCGAAAGGCCAGGGUGGGGUAGCCAGCCCCCCCCCCCGGGUCGCGCAGGUGAGAUGCAGAGGGGCUAACGGAAAGGACCCCGGAGGCCCCGCGUCUCUCCCCACCCAGGACACGGGACCGACUCACUCACCGCGGGGUCGGGGUCGGGGCGGGCAGCAGCCGGGCGGAGGGGGAGAAGCGGCGGCACCGGGGACUGCCGAGGCGGCGACGCGAUCGGGGUCGGCUGCGCGAUCCAGAUGCUCGCUCUCCUCGGGCUCAGGACUCGGAAGACUCGCGCUUCGUGCCCAGGCCUUGCAGGGAGUCUGGAGUUUUGGUGGCGGAGAAAAAGGUUGGUUCUUCGUUGUGAGACGUGAACUGGGGGUGAGAAAAGGCUGCCCUCGGUCACUUGUAACUAAGGAGUCUUCGGGUCCCCGACCUUCCACGCUCAUACCGGCUUUGGAGAGAAAGUACCUGGUGGGGACCCCGGAACCCAAGAGUCCUGCAAGUCCAGCCCUGCCUCAGCCUGGGAUGAAUGAUAGCAGCUUUGAAUAG